AUGCAUUUGCAAACGAUCGCAGUCAUCGUCUGGCUUCUUGCAGCAGCUUCCUACGCCCAGUCUACUACAGGUCUCUAUGGCUUGCUCAGAAGACGAUUACCGAAUCAUGUUGACCGAUUCAGGUUUACUGUUGAUGCGACCUGCUGUUCGGAAACCCAGGGAUACGACCAUUACGUCGUCACAGAUGGUCAUAAUGGUACUAUUUCAAUCAGAGGUAGUUCCAUAUCUGCCUUGUCAACAGGUCUCCGCCGAUACCUGACCGAUAUAGCCCAUGUUGACAUCUACUGGUUUAUUGGCAGCCGCCUGGAUCAAGCUCCAGCUGUUCUUCCUUGUGUCACUGAGCCUAUACAUGGUUCUAGCACAGUGCCAUGGCGUUAUCACUUUAAUACAGUGACCUUUUCCUAUACAACGGCAUUUUGGACAUGGGCAGAUUGGGAGACACAACUGGACUGGCUUGCCCUCCACGGUGUGAAUCUGCCUCUCGCCUGGGUCGGCCAAGAAAAAAUCCUUGUGGACGUCUUCCGAGAUCUUGGUCUCACAAAUGCCGAGAUAGCCACAUUUCUCAGCGGACCGGCAUUCCAAGCGUGGAAUCGAUUCGGAAACAUCCAAGGCUCAUGGGGCGGAGACCUGCCUCAAACAUGGAUCGAUCGGCAAUUCGCUCUCCAGAUGAAAAUCUUACCGCGAAUGGCCGAACUCGGCAUGACACCCGUUCUCCCUGCAUUUGCUGGAUUUGUGCCCAUGAACAUCACCCGUGUGUUACCCAAUGCUCGAGUUGUUCGGGGAUCACAGUGGGCAGGGUUUUCAGCACAAUAUUCCAAUGACUCAUAUCUUGAGCCUUUUGACGAACACUUUGCGAGACUUCAGUCCAGUUUCAUCGGCAAGCAGCGCGCUGCAUAUGGCAAUAUCAGUCACAUUUACACACUUGAUCAGUAUAACGAGAAUCUGCCUUACUCCGGAGAGCUGGACUACCUGCGCAAUGUCACCUACAAUACCUGGCAAAGUCUCAAACAAGCCGACCCUGAUGCAGUGUGGAUGAUGCAGGGCUGGUUGUUCUACGCGCAAGCUUCUUUUUGGACCGAGGAUCGGAUCCAGGCGUUUCUCUCUGGUGUUCCAAAGAACGAUGACAUGUUGAUUCUGGAUCUCUUCUCGGAGUCUGCACCUCAGUGGCGCCGCACCAAAUCGUAUCAUGGCAAGCCCUGGAUUUGGUGUCAAGUGCAUGACUAUGGCGGGAAUAUGGGUCUUUAUGGACAACUGAGAAACGUGACUGUGAAUGCAACUCAGGCGCGAAUGGAAUCACCAUCUUUGGUCGGAUACGGGCUGACUAUGGAGGGCCAGGAGGGCAAUGAGAUUAUCUACACCACUCUUUUGGACCAGGCGUGGUCAGCGACACCGCUGGACACCAAACAAUACUUUCAUCGAUGGGUGCAGAGCCGAUAUACAGACCGAGGCUCCCUUCCCAAAGAACUAUAUGAAUCUUGGGAAUUACUUCGCACGAGCGUUUAUGACAACACGAACACUUCCGUGACGUCUGUGAUUAAAUCGGCUUUUGAAAUCCGUCCUAGCUUGAACAAUGUCCGCAUCGGAUUCCAGGCUACCAGUUUGACCUAUGACCCCGCGCAUGUUAUUCAAUCGUGGCAGAAACUCAACAGGGCCGCGGAGCUGGAGCCACAAUUGUGGAUCAACCCUGCGUAUCAGCACGACAUGGUCGAUUUGACACGACAAGUCAUGGCUAACGCAUUUAUCCCGCUCUACCACGCCUUCAUAUCCACAUGGAAUACCUCCAGCCCUCGCCAUGAUCCUGAUACACUGUCACGUGAAAGCAGUCAAAUGAUGAAUCUUCUCAGUGACCUUGACGCAGUCCUUCUGACAAAUCGCAACUUCCGGUUAUCAACAUGGAUCAAUUCCGCUCGAUCUUGGGCUCAUGGAGACAAAGAACAAGAGGCAUUCUUCGAGUACAACGCACGAAAUCAAAUCACUCUUUGGGGGCCUAAUGGAGAGAUUGCAGAUUAUGCCUCGAAGCAAUGGGGUGGUCUCAUUUCAAAUUUCUAUAUUCCUCGAUGGCGAAUAUUCUGUCAAUACUUGCAGUCUGUCUCGCCGACGUCUUACAAUGCCACCGAGCUGGAUCGACGGCUAACAGACUUUGAGCAAGGGUGGCAGACCAAGAUCUGGAACUCUGGCGGGAAAUUCGAGAACCUGCAAGUGGUGAUUCAUCGACUCCGAAAAAGAUGGCCGACGCUUUUUUGUGGUCGUUGA